GAACCGGAAAUUCGCGGGGACUCCGUUUACGACCAACCCAACUCAGAUAGCCGUGUCCCAAAAGAGGCGAUUGCAGAAACCAGAUUUGCUCCUAAAUGGGGUCCGUACCUUCCGCUAUUCGAGAUGAUAGAGACUCAACGGCAGCUGUUGGGUAACAGUAAAAAAGCGACCACCAUCUCUGUCGACCACUAUCGAUCCCGACGUACACGAGGAACAGAGUCCGACUCCCGAGCAUGA